AUCAGCAUCAUGGGCUCACACAAGCAUUGAAGCCACACUCAGAACUGGAUACAACUUGACAUGUGUACCGCUAAUGGCUGGCAUCCCUGUCCCACCACCUCUCCAACUACCCCCAAAAGAUACCUCAGCUAAUAUGAGUGGACUUUUUUCUGGAGUUACGUUCAACUGCAGUAUCUUUGUUGACACUGGUAGGGGGUUGUUCUCUGAGUCCCAGCUAAGAUAUCUCACCCUCAGGACACCAGAAACUGCACCAUCAGGCUCCCCAGCAACAUUCAACAACAUUGAAGGGAAGAGGGAAGUG